AUGGCCGACCCAGCAUACAAAUCCGUGGGAGAUGGCAUCUUGGAAUUAUGGAAUAAGAUGAAGGGCACAAAAGGACUCCAAUCCCCCACCAAAACCGCCCCGAAGCAGCAUCCGCAGGAGACGGUAGAAGGAGCGGAGACAGGAGCAGCAACAUCGACCAGUACGCCGGCGCCGGGACCGCAGAAUCCCGUGAGCGCCAGCCUGGCGGCCGUGAGCGAGAAUGAGACGGCGUCUCAGACAGCGUACAAUGCCGCACUCACAACACCAAGGACCUUGCUCUCCGCGCCCGUGUUUGCUACCACCCCCAUCCCAGUCGUUGUCGUUCACUCUGCCCAGGGAGACAGUGACUCGCAGACCCGCCAGGGUGAGAACCCCGAGGCCCACGAACACGAUAGUUCUUCUACUCAGAGACAGGGUCAGACUCGGCCCCACGGUCUGAGAGGUAGGAUCUUUACUCUUCCUCCCCGUGGCCGGCCAUUGGGGAGUGAGAUCGGAUUCCAGAGACGGGUUGCGCAGGAGUUUCCCGCACCUCUUCUCUCGGCUUCGUCUCAGGGGUCGGUUGGUGCUGGUCCAGAGGUGACCGAUACUGCUUCUGCUCAUCCCGUUGCGUCUCCUCCAACUCAUACUCCUACGCAUACUCCUGCUCAUACUCCCAUUCCUACGCCUACGAAGGUUGAACAGACAGCGUCUAGCUCAUCCAGCCCGAAAUCUACGAGCCCCAAGAACCAAGUCAUUUCGCCUGAAGGAGAACAGGAAAGGCCGGCUCCACCCGCCAGCAUGUCGACGACUGAUUCCGACGAGAUCAUUCUUCACGAUUUCCGCAAGAAAGGAAAACAGGCUGUACGCGACAUCUCAGACCAGGAUAGCGAUUCGGAUCAGGCGCCGCAGGGCAAGGGCCGCUACAGGACCCCCGGUUCCGCGCGAGUGACCUUUAGCAAUGCCCCGGAGCCCGAGGCGCCUGAUACUGGAAAUAAGCUGACGGUAAAGGAGCUGAACAGUCUGCCGCAGGAGGAGGUGCGCGCGCUUCUGAAGAAGCUGCAGACGGAGAUCGUUUACAAGGCCCACCGCGCCAAAGAUCUCGAGUACUCCACCGCAAACCCCGAGAUCCUGGCCAAGUGCCGAGAUGGGCCGGGGACGAACGUGGAAGCGCCUAUCUUUCGAAAAAUCUCACUGCGUCGAGCGGUUCGUCCGGAGCAGCGGGAGGGGCAGUCUCAAGAGAGGCCUACCGCGUUCCCCUUCCCGGCUGAGGACGACGAGUCGGACGAUGAUCUGGGAGAUCUCGAAGGAUUGAGAAGUAGACGGAUCCACAAGGAUAAGGUUGCUGUCCCCUGGGAGGCGUUCGACAACACCCCUGCUGCUUAUCCGAGAGUUGUUUGCGGGGAGGUGACUCUGGUUGACGAGCCGGACGACGAGCAGAAGGAGAUGAUCCCCAAGCUCGGAAUCUUCGGCCAACACCAGCACUCCUUACAGAACCUGAAUGAUGUGCCCGACAUCCAGCCGGAGGAAGACUGGAAUAUCUCACACUUUUGCGAUUGGGGCUAUGUGCCUCAUGGAGAUUACCAUGCCGAGGCAUGGCAGCGCAGAUUCCGCAGAUGGAUGUUGAGCACCGUCGCCAUGGCUUGCUACGCAGACAUAUACCACCCGUCGUUCUUCGAUGGAACGGCACAUCCGGAUGGGGUGCGCGCAUUCUACCUCCCCAACCUGCCCGCGCAUGACACCAUCUCCGACCCAGCAGACAAGGAGGUGGUUCUUCACCGACACGAGACCAUCGAGGGGUACUGCUACAACCUCGAGCUCCACCACAAGAAGGAACAGGAGAUCGUGGCACGACGAAAGAGACAGGCGCAGGAGGCGUACCAAGAGUAUCUCCGCGAGAGAGCGAAGAACCCCAACAUUCCUAAGGCGAACAUUUACCUCCGCGCAGCGGAAAUGCGUGACGUCCCCCAGCUCCUCCCGGUCAUGAAUUACUUCGCUAAAAACUCGACCGUAAGCACCGACGUCAACGAGGUGCAGCCCGCAGACGUCCGCGAGCGGAUCCAGAAAGCCAAAGAUGCGAAGCUGCCAUUCAUCCUGGCCGUGGAGCGGAGAGAGCAUCGGACCCCUGGUGUGGAAGACAGCCAGCCGGAGAAGGUCUAUGGCUAUGCCCUCGUCAGCGACUACCUGACACCCGAGAGCUCGGGCAAAUACACGGCCCAGCUGGAGAUGUUCGUGAUCCCGUCGCAGCAACACCUCGGUGUUGGCCGGUGCCUCAUGGACAAGAUCUUGGAGAUUUGCGAUCCGUCAUUUACUCCCCGCGCCGGGUACUUCUUCGACGUCAGUCUCGAGGAAAAGCAUAAGUACGGCCUUGGAGGACACCGUGUGCUCGCACGGCUCAUGGUAGUCCUGAGUUUCGUCCCGGAGGAUCGCCCGAAGUACAAGUGGGUGCGCGACUGGCUGGCGAAGCACGGAUUCGAACUGCAGGGCCAGUUGAAGGGGGCUCGCGUGAAGGACCAACGAUUCCUCGACGUCAACUAUUUCGUUCGGAAAUCGUUCUUUAUCUUGAGCAGCUACUACUGA